GCGGAAGUACCCUCUGAACGUCCAUUAAAAGCAAAAUUAAUGGCUUUUGUAUAAAAUACUGUCAAAUGUAGAAGAACCGCGGACAACUGAGGGGUUUGCAGUGACAAAUGAUGCUUGAUAUCGAACAAAGAGGCAGCGAGCACCGCGCGUGAGCGGACACCGGAGCUGAUUCUCCGUAUGAAGGGGAGGAGGCUCAACAUGGAGGACUGCUUGCACACUUCCUCUGACAGUCUGGCUAAACUGGUCAAAUGGGCCCACAGUCACGGGACGAUCUGCACCUUGAUCCCCAACCUCAAACACAUGCUGAACGAGGGCUCUCACGGGACCCUCACGGCCCUGUGGGGAUGCAGCGCGGGGCACGCCUACCACUGGCCCCUUAACACCACCUGCAAAAAGACUAACAAGGAACGCAACCUAGAAAGCCGAAGCAUCAACACGGACAGCAUGAUCCAGGCGGUCUCCGUCAUGCAGAACACCUCAGAGCGCUUCCUCGGCAGCGCCACCAAAAACAAGGGCGAUCCCAGUCAGAUCCACGACUCCUGCGACAUCUCUAACUGCAGCGAGCCGUCUGAGAUGGACGACAACGGCGAGGAGUACAACAGCCACCUGUACGACAUCGUCUGCGAGUCCUCGGCCACCGACGAAGACGGCGACUCCGACUUCAAUCAUGCCUCAAAUAUCACGCCCAGGAAAAGAUCGGGAGCUGAGGACAGCACUGACCUGGCGUUGAAGAAAAUCAAACAGGAGAGAGGCGAAGACUAUUACAGUGUGGCCAACCCUCAGAUGCCCAGCAGCUCGGAUGUGAAGCUCACUACACAGUCACCCAAACCCAACGUCCAGACCACCCCAUCAUCCAGGUCUUCGAUGUCCCAGAAGCCUUCCUCAGUAGACGGGGACUCCAUGAUGGUGUCCUCGUCUCCGCUGGAUGGCUCCCCUUCGUCUAUGAUCAAACUCCUGCGUGCACCGUUCCACGUGACCCAGAACAAAAUGCAGGUGAACUCGAACCCAGCUUGCAGUCAGAGUUUGGCCAGCUUGCCCCAUUCGGGAAGGAUUGACGCUAUGGGGGUGCUGCACAGGGACGAGUAUCCCAGGCCUUCUUUGUCUUACGGAGAGGCUUCUAUGGGUGUGAACCCUGAGAUGGAUCUUCUAGCAGCACAAACACUUAAUACAGAAGCUCGAGCGGACAACUCAGCAGACAUGGAUGAAAGAGCAUACAGAGAACAGAAUGAGAAGACCAUUCGCAGCACCCAAACAGCUCUUCGCAACUUUCGGGACUUUCUGUUUUCUAAGUAUCCAAACGAGACCAGAGAGAUAUACUUCAUCCCCUGCCAAGAGUUGGACAUCUACUUGGCCUCCUUCUUCGUGGAUGCACGCCAAAGGGAUGGCUCGGAGUAUGAGCCCAACAGCCUGGCCAACUACCAAUGUGGACUGGAGCGUUAUCUGAAGGAGCAUCACUACGCCUACAGCAUUACAAGAGACCGGGAGUUCCAGAGAUCCCAGGAUGCCCUCAAGCAAAAGCAGCUGGAGCUCAAGUUCAAAGGCAAAGGCAACAAACCCCACAAGUCAAUGAAGCUGACCUUUGCUGAUGAAUUGCUCCUAAGGAAACGGGGGCUUCUGAGUCGCUUCAACCCUGAGGGUCUGCUUAACCUGGUGUGGCUCAACAACACCAAGGCUUUUGGACACUGUACAGGCUUCCAUAGCUCCAUGCUCAAAUGGGGAGAUGUGCGUUUGCUCACCACAGAAACAGGACUAGAGUGUCUGGAGUGGACCUACCAGGAUUUUACUGACCCUAAUGCCAGAAACCGAAGGUCCACAACUGAGUGCCACAUCUAUGCUACCCCACAUGCCCCUCAAACCUGCCCUGUGCAGGACUACAAGGAAUAUGCUCAGCGCAGACCUCAAGCAAUGCUCUUUGAAGAUGCCCCCUUUUAUCUCUCCAUCAAGCCGGUGGUCAACCUCGCCGCCCUGCAUUGGUACAAUUGCCAAGCUCUGGGAAAGAACAAAUUAGCAAAGAUGGUGAAGACCAUGUGUGAGAAAGGCAACAUUCCAGGGAGAAAGACCAAUUUCAGUGUUUACCAGAGUUGCAGCUCCUUGUCCGAGGCCCAGAGCAAUCAGCUAGUCCUGAUCUGCAAUGACCUCAGGCAACAAGCCGUUCAGUCAGGGAGUUCCCAUCCUGGCAGCACCAACUUUGUCAUUACUGGUUCUUUUGACUCUACUGACUCUGCUUAAAGCUGAAGUGUAAUUUUUGAGCCACUAGUAGCAUCAAACCGAUCUGCUGUUUCCAAGCAAGUUUCCCAAACACUUCUUCUGUCUUCCAUUUUUUGGACAAGCAGGUAGUCCUGACCCAAAUGCAUGGCAUUUGGUGAACAAGAAGUUGAUGUUUUGGACAGCUUAAACCAAUCAGCCAAGGUUCGGGUGAUUAGGAAGGUUCAGUUAGCCACUGUUGACAGAUGCCUACACCAGGAGUUACCAACUUUCGGACAUGAAGUGCCAUUUUUUUUCCAUUUAAAAUGAUCUGUUUUCUGAUAACCUUAUAUUUGCCAAGUGACAAUUUGGAGGGCUCUUCAAGCCUCUAAUGAACUUAUAUUUCUCCCUAGUCUGCUGCCUUUUGUGUCACUCAGGAUAGUCGCUUGUGAAGGGCUUGGGACUAUGCAUGUUCUCGUGAUGCCAUCAGCCAAUCAGUGUUGUCAGCAUGUCUCAGUGUAAUUUUGCAGUGGCUCCAGAGUUAUUAGUCACAAGGCAUUCACAGCUCAAGUGAUUGGAUCAGAAAAAAAGUCUGUGUCCAUGUUCAAAGAAAGUGGAUUCUUACAGAGGUCUUGCGCCAGCUGAGCAAAUGCCUUUUGGAUAAAUGGGAAUGCUAAUGGAUAUUUCUUUUUUUAUGUAUGGCUUGAAUAAACCAAGAAAGGGCCACAGAGUCACUGUGUUUACACUCCUAAGUCAGUCUACAAAUGGUUGCAUGGUACGGGAGGAAGUAAUUUAUCAUUAGAAAACAUACAGCAGCUUUAAAUUCAGUUGUAUGACUGAUUUAGGCCAUCAUGUUUCAUGUCUCAAUGCUCUUUAAGGUAAGUCUUAAUUGUUGUUUCUGUGUAUGAAACUAUGUUGUUCUCUUUUUGUCUUGAUUAUAUUGUAACUACACUUGUCUUAUGUGCAAUGCAAAAGGUUCUUUAUCCAGUGCAGUAUUAAGUCAUCUUAAGGCAUUUGGAUGCUAAUUUUGUGUUAUAGUAUUUUUACGAUGUAUGGCAACAAUUGCGAGUUUGAUGUUGAAGCUAAUUUGUCAGUCCAGUUAUUCCAUAUAUGUUGUAAACUUAUGAAUGUAGUGGAACUAAUCCUGCUAUUACUCGUAUAUAUUCCCGUUUUGGAAAUAUUCUGUGUUAAUGUAGAUAUUCUCUUCAAUAGUGAGCACUUAUCAGAAAUGGUUCAUUGUUAGAUACUGUAUGUGUUAGAUAUGUUACAGUUAUGUGCCUGUUCAACAUAUGUGCCUGAUAUUAUAGAAUUUAUUCUAGAACAUACACAACAA